CCGGAAGAAAAAGAAAAUAUUGCAUAUGAAACAUAUAAUUGACACAUUGGAGAAACAAUCCUGCCUUGGAAGUUUGGAAUCGUGAUCUUCCAAUGGCCACUGCAGGUAUAUGAACAACAUUGCUUCUGCAGCAAAAGCCUAGACUCACCACACCUUGGGAAGAGAAUGGCCACUACCUGGGGGGCAGCCUUUUUCAUGCUGGUGGCCUCCUGUGUUUGUAGCACUGUCUUCCACAGAGACCAGCAGACUUGGUUUGAAGGUGUCUUCCUGUCUUCCAUGUGCCCCAUCAAUGUCAGUGCCAGCACAUUGUAUGGAAUUAUGUUCGAUGCAGGGAGCACUGGAACACGAAUUCAUGUUUACACCUUUGUGCAGAAAAUACCAGGACAGCUUCCAAUUCUGGAAGGGGAAAUUUUUGAAUCUGUGAAGCCAGGACUUUCUGCUUUUGUAGAUCAACCUAAGCAGGGUGCUGAGACUGUUCAAGGACUCUUAGAGGUGGCGAAAGACUCAAUACCCCGAAGUCACUGGAAGAGAACCCCAGUGGUCCUGAAGGCAACAGCGGGACUGCGCUUACUGCCAGAACAGAAAGCCCAGGCUCUGCUCUUUGAGGUAAGAGAAAUCUUCAAGAGAUCACCUUUCCUGGUACCAGAUGACAGUGUUAGCAUCAUGGACGGAUCCUAUGAAGGCAUCUUAGCUUGGGUUACUGUGAAUUUUCUGACAGGUCAGCUGCAUGGCCACAGCCAGGAGACUGUGGGGACCCUGGACCUGGGGGGGGCCUCCACCCAAAUUACGUUCCUACCCCAGUUUGAGAAAACCCUGGAACAAACCCCUCAGGGCUACCUCACUUCAUUUGAGAUGUUUAACAGCACUUAUAAGCUCUAUACACAUAGUUACUUGGGAUUUGGAUUGAAAGCUGCAAGACUAGCAACCCUGGGAGCCCUGGAAACAGAAGGGACUGAUGGACACACUUUCCGAAGUGCCUGUCUACCGAGAUGGUUGGAGGCGGAGUGGAUCUUUGGGGGUGUGAAAUAUCAGUAUGGUGGCAACAGAGAAGGGGAGAUGGGCUUUGAGCCCUGCUACACUGAAGUGCUGAGGGUGGUCCAAGGAAAACUUCACCAGCCAGAUGAGGUCCAGAAGAGCUCUUUCUACGCUUUCUCUUACUAUUAUGAUCGUGCUGUUGACACGGACAUGAUUGAUUAUGAAACAGGGGGUGUUUUAAAAGUUGAAGAUUUUGAAAGAAAAGCAAGGGAAGUGUGUGAUAACUUGGAAAACUUCACCUCAGGCAGUCCUUUCCUGUGCAUGGAUCUCAGUUACAUCACAGCCCUGUUGAAGGACGGCUUUGGCUUUGCAGACAGUACUAUCUUACAGCUCUCAAAGAAAGUGAACAACAUAGAGACAGGCUGGGCCUUGGGGGCCACCUUUCACCUGCUGCAGUCUCUGGGCAUCUCCCACUGAGGCCAGGCCCUCCUUCUGAGGACUGCAUUCUCCAAUAACCUUUUGAAAAGUAGAAGGAGAAAGGACUCAGUCAUGUUCUGAGCUGGUCUGAGGAUAGCCUGGACUGAAGCCAGCAGCUGGAUUCGUCAGGUAGAACGGGCUUUUGGACACAGGUCUUGCCCUUGAGUCUAGAGAUUUGGGUCUAAUUAAUUUUAUACAUCUAAUGUGAACUAUUGACCUAACCACUCUGCUUGCACAGCUGGCGCCAGAGUCUAAAUCUUUGAGAUUCUUCGUGUGUCACAGAGCCAAAAGGAAUAGCUUUGGAACCUAACCUUGGAGAGCCCAGGGACAGGUCCCUGGGAACCAAAGAAAAAUCUCAUUGCAAUCCUUUGAGUGCCUCAUUCCUUUGAACGUACUAUUUUCCUUUUACAUGUUAAACUAAGCCCACUGAUUGCAAUCCUGUGAGCUAGCAACACCAGUAUUUUUCUCCUCCCUACACAUUGCCAUGUCCCACCCUUACUUCCACCCACCUCCCCUAAAAAAGAGAAAGAAAAAAAAU